GACCCACUGAUAAGGAACCCCCAGAUACUCCCGGGACCCUUCCGAACAACUCCGCGGACGGAGUGCGCAUCCCGAAGCUGCAUCGGCUCAAAGAACCGAGGCCGCUCGCGGGCGUCCGUGUUGCCAGGGUGGCAAUGCCUGGUCCUGCUGAUAACAAAGAGGCCCGCAAGAGGGCCAAACGCGCGAGCGAUGAGAGAGUGAUCAAGGAACGGCAAAAAUGGCAAAAGCGGGAGCUUGACCCGGCUGACAGCAGCGACUUGGCGGAGGCCGCGCCACUCGCUGAGGCGGCAGGCGCCCAGAUCGCGCCUGUCGCUGACGCGAGUGCCGGAGACGAGGGGGGCGCCGCGGAGCGUCCCGCGGAGGCGGACGAGGGCGCCGCUGCCGCGGCGGCUGCCGGAGACGAGGGGGGCGCCGCGGAGCCUCCCGCGGAGGCGGACGAGGCCGCCGCUGCCGCGGCGGCUGCCGCGCCCGAGCCCCGCGCCUGCGCCCCCUCUGAGGAGCGCGCCGGCCCCGCGGUGGCGGAGCCUCCGCUCGACGAGCGCGGCGGCGCGGCGGCGGCGGACCCCGCGCCCGCGGCGGUGGCCCCCGCAGCCGCCUUCGCCCCCGCGGCCGAGCCGCCGCCGGCGGCGCCUGCAGCGCCCGGGACGGCCGCGACGAACGCAGAGGAGCCGCACUGGACGGCGCUGCUCCUCCAGGCUUCCGCUCUCGUCCAGCGGGCCAAAGAGCUGCGCGACCAGGAGCGCGCCGCUCAGACCGCGCAGGCUUUUGGCGUCGACACGGAGCUCCCGCCGCGGACCCCUGCCCCCAACGGCGCCCUCGACGGCCUCCAGAGCGCGGGCAAAGGCAAGGGGCGCUCCGCCGCCGAGGCACCUGCAGCACGCGAGCGCGCCCGGCAGACGAGCACUACCGUCAGCUUCGGCAUCCUCCGCGGCCGCCCAUGGGCGGACGUGCCGAAGGAGCCGAAGCAGGGGGGGCAGGCCAAGGAGAGCGGGCGCGCCCGCGUCGCCUGGACGGAGGGCCUCGACGGAACCGCUGUCGAGGCUCGCGACGCCUGGCGCGAGGGCAAGCGGAAAGUGCACGAGGCCGUCGCUUUCCUGCCCAACAAGCUCGCGCUCCAGGACACGAGCCUCCCCUCCGGGCUUGGAACUGCCCUCGGCCAUUGGUUUUCCAGCCGGGCAGCGGCCGCGAGCCGCGCAGCGUCAAGGGCGCUCCAUUACCACGCGCGCGUGCGCCAGAAGGACCUCCAGGAGCAUUUCGAUGCGGCGAGGAGGCGCAAGGGGUACGCUGUGGUCUCCUUCUCCAAGACUGCGAAGGAGCGCGGCCUGAUCCCCGGCCUGUCUGUCGACGAGUUGCUUACCGACGACCCCUUCGACCGGGAGCCGCCAGGUCUCGGCAAGGUAUGCGUGGCCUUCCAGUCCGCCGGGGGUAGUGGCGCGCUGCUCGCACAGCGAAGUCGGUACGCUGUCCGCGGUAAUCUGGCCAGCUUCCUGGUGCAUUGGGACGACGUCCUGGAGCGCCUCCUCGCCAUCACGGAGAGUUCGAGCGCUGCUGCGGCGCUGCCCCACGACGGCGAGACGCUGGCCCACCUGGUUCGCUUCGAGUUCCGGAUGAAAGACAAGGACAUGUCGAAGCACCUGAAGCACAUGCGCCUCCGCGCUCAUGUGGUGCUGCAGCUCGGCUGGGAGCUCAUCGACCGCGGCCACCCCGCUUUUUGUAGAGAUGCUGCUGGCGAUCCCAUCGCAAUCGCCGCCGCCAAGGAGGCGUUUGAAAGGCGCGUGAAGCAGUGCUACCCGUGGCUCGGCACCCCCGAGGACGCCGACGGGAAGGUCCCGCCAGCCGUGGACCGGGCGACGGUGGUGGCGGAUCCGUCCAGGAGCAGUGUGCAGGAUAACAAGCACGCGACUCCGGCGCUGGCCAGCACUGACGUCGCCUCUGUUUUCGACGAUGCCAGACCGACUGCCUGCGCGCCCACAGAUGCGACGUCCCGGCAAGGGACCGCGGGUCAGCGCCAACAGCGAGCCAUGGACGGCGGGCCGGUCGUCCCGUACGUCGCCGACGCGGCCAUGUUGGAGCAGUGGAACGGGAAGUACCCCGCGAUCGCUUUCCCGCACACGCUGCUGUGGCAGAGCGGGGGGCCAGACUUCACGAGGUCUUGGCGCAACGGUGCCGAUGCCGCACAUCGACGCCGCGCGGUGGGGCGGCCCGAGGAAGUGCAAAACCGGCCGUCCGUCAGCAUGGGGAUGUGGCUUGCAGGCAUGAGUCGCCGAGUCGAGCACCAGAUCCGUUCGGAUUGGCUUUUCAUCCCGGGCAUGCGCAACGUCCACUUCCGCUUCUUGGGCAUCACCGCGAGGUCGGGGAGCAAAGUGCGGAAAUACAAGGACGAAGACGGAUCGGCCUUCACUGAGCGCCUGACCGCAGCUGUCCGCGGGCUGCACGACCUGUUGGCGAAGGGGUACUACGGGCCGAACAGGCGCCCAAUUGCUGGGAACUUGACGGUGCUGCACAUGGCGCACGGCCUGGACACGAGCCAGAAACAGAUCGUUCACAACAUGCGUUCGGUCACGAGCACCCUUGCAGGCACCCAGGAACUGCGCCGCAGGAUGGGCCACGUCUUCCAGUCCGGCGCGAUUGGUUACGGGCACGGGCUCUUCAUCACCAUCUCGCCCAAUGAGAAGCAGUCCUGCUUGGUCAUGCGUCUGCACAGAGUACGCCAGGACGACCCGCUGCUGCGCGCGGGGAGCACAGACGACGAACGGAAUGCCAUGAGAAGGAAGUUGGCGUCACGAGAGCGGCCCUCAUUGUCGGAGUGCGCCGACGCGGAGCUCCCCGAUUUCGACUUGCGUCUGUGCGAGGUGGCCAAUGAUCCUCUCUCGGUCGUUCAGGGCUUCCGCGUCGCCGUGAACGUGAUUUUGGGCCGCCUCCUGGGCCUCCGGCUGUGCGCCGAAUGCGGCGUCGCCAGCCGAUGGCACCACCGGCCCAGGUGUCGCUGCACGGACAGAUUCGGGUCCAACUCACGCCCCAUGGGGGGAAUUUUCGGAGUUGCCGCAGCCCUGCUUGGCGCCGUCGAGAACCAGCACCUGGGCACGCUCCACUUCCACGGGUUCGUGUACCUGGCAAACCUAUACCAGCACGCAUCCAUGGCCGAGAUCGCCAGGAUGAUCAGGGAAUCCCCCCAUUUGGCAGAGGCGGUGAUGGAAUGGCAUGCGUGGGUCCACCGAGAAGAGCACUGGGACCCCGAGGGGCACUCUGCGGGGCUCGCCGCGUUGGAGAAGCAGUGGCGGCAAAAUUUCCGGUCGUCCGAACACGUGGGGCUGUGCCGAUCGCGCGUCGUCUGCCCUCGGGUGGCAAAGGAGUUCGGGCUGAAAGUAAACGGCGCUCGGAACGCCCUGGGGGAGAUUGCAGGCCCUCGAAAUGACGAGUUCCUCAGCGGGACAUGCCCGGCACUUGCUGUUGCGUUCAGGGACAACUCGCACACCGCGCCCAACAACCGGCUGCCGCUGAUCGACGACGUCACGCACGACCCAGAGUGUUCAUGUCGCAGAUACGCCAGUGCAGAGACUGGAGACGCAUAUCUGCGACGCAUCGCCUUCGCUGUGCAGCGAUCGAUGUCGAACUCCACGCGCUACAUCGGCGGGCACAUCUCGAAGGUGCAGCGCGUCGGGAAGAAGGCCCGAGAGCUUGCGAAGACUUGCCUGUCGACGUUGGCUGAGCGACUCAAGGCGAAGUCCGAGAUGCAGCAGACGCUGAACGCCGUGCACCGCUGCAUCGGAGACUGGGAAGCCAAAGGUGUGGCGCGGACGAUCUUCGAGGAAAUGAACUUAGCUCACUUCGCAGACAGACCGAACCCGCUUGCAGCAGAAUGCAUUACGUCGUGCCCAGUUGCCGACUUCUACGCGGACUGCUUUCUGAAGAUUGUGACCGACGAGACUGGGGCUGGUCGCGCUUCUGCGCGGCGCCAGCAGAAGCCGGUGCUCUUCACGGAGACGGGCGACGUCGCCACGCCGCCAGACGCGACCGCAUGGGCGUGCGCGCGGCGGCCCGGCGCGGCCGACAUGAAGACCCUCAGCCCGUGCGAAUUCGUCCGCUUCUACGAGGUGGCCCCGACGCGCCCGCCUCCCAGAGACACGUCGAAGCCGUCCCCGAGCUUGACUUACUGGGUCGGGAGUCCACCAGCCGCUGCGGACGGGCCUCCGCGGCCGUUGGUGCACUACAAGGUGAAGCCGCCGACGGGCGACUCGGGGUAUUUUGCGUUGGAGGAAGACCCGUGCGACGAGGAGUUCGCGCACAUGUACGUGAUCGUGCCCCGGAGUGUUCCUGCGCUGCCGGUCUUCAUCCGGUCAGUAAUGCCGCAGCCCGACAUGACGUCGGAGCGCCGCAGCGCCAUUCUGUCGGCGUACUUCCGACCGUGGACUCUGGUGUGCAAGUACGGGUCUUCUCGGGGGCAUACCCCGCUGGCGAAUAAUCUGAACUUGCCGCCAAAGCGCCAGCGGUCUGGGAGGAGCGCGCCGAGCUUCCGAAAAGCCUUGAAGAACUACCUGCGCGGCCACAUCGUCUCGAAUUCGAACCGCAUCCUGUGGGCCAACGUGCUUCGCACCACGACGACGAUGCCGGAGAACGCCGACGAGGGCGAGGACGACCAGGACUCGAAGCCAGUGGAGGCGCUACCCGAGAACGCGUUUCCGGUCCUCAGCCCCAGCAGCAUCAUGGCAGAGUUACGGCGAGUGGACCGAGACGCCGGGGCAGAUGCCGCUGGCGAGGACAUUGGGAACCUCUCCCAUUCGGUGCACAAAGCGCUGGAGCAGAGCAUGUCCUUCUGGGACCCGCCGAACAGCGAGCCCACGUUGCACUUGCCACUGCGACAGUCUGCUCUUCGGCAUUCCAGUGCAAUGCCAGCGGGGGCUCGCGGAAAGGCCCAGGAGCCACCGCGGAAGACUGCGCGCUCGAAGAUGCGGGAGAAGCUGUACCCUGGCGACGCUGACCUGACAAGCAACAUCCAGAGAUGGCGGAGAGGGCUGCAGACGCACCAGAUCACCCCCGACCCGCAGCAGAUGAGCAUCCUGGACGCCGUCGCCGACAGGUGCGUCCAGGAGGCCCGCGAGCAGGACCAGCUGCGCGGAUCGCCGCGCUCCCGGCUGUUCGUUCUCGGCCUGCCGGGUUCAGGGAAAUCGGAGGUCAUCCGGUGGCUGUGCGACGAGGGCGUGGGGCUGUUCCCCACGUGCAUGGGAUGGGAACACGAGGUGCACUUCAUCAAGACCGCCCCAAUGAAUUCCAUGGCGAGCAACAUCGGUGGGCGAACCAUCCACAACUUCAGCAAGCUCGGAAUCGACCUCAUCACGGGAGUCCAGUCCGGCGGGAAGAAGGACCCGGAGUUGUCGGAGAACAUGCUGCACACGAAAAUCCAGCACAUGCGCUGGCUCAUCAUCGACGAGAUGGAGAACGUGUCGGUGGAGCUGCUGGACGCCGUGCACAGGCAGGUGAAGGACUCGACGAGGGACAAGGGAAACCCCUGGGCCGUGGACGCGCGCGUCCCAAAACAGUUCGCCAUGUUCGGAGGGCUCAACCUUGUGCUGCUCGGGGACUUAUGGCAGAUCCCGCCCGUCAGGAGCCUCAGUAUAGCCGCCAAUCCAUUUGUCAAGAGACCCGCCAACGUCGGCCGCAUAUUGGAGAUGUUCUGGACACAGGGCUUGCCGCACUCGGUGACUAACCGCUACGCCCUGACCCAGUCGCACCGCUGCUCAGACUUGUGGUGGAGAAGCUUUCUCGCGGAAGCGCGCGCUGGGGAUCUGUCGGACAGGAUGUACGAUUUCGUCCACGGCUUCUCGACUGAUGUGCCCGGCUCCUGGAUGCCCGCAAGCCCCGGCAGCGCCGAGGCCUCGACGGGGCACCUCGGCUGCGGGAAGGCGAAGUGCCGCGCGCUCUGGUCAGUUGAGUGGCCACGGAUGUUCGGAGAAGGUCGGGCCUGGGAGGACAUGAAAUCCCUGGAGUGCGCUGAUUGCAGCGCGGAACGCCGUCGGCGCUGCCGCGUCGCCUCUCAGAGCGGUGCCAGACAGCGGGAGGUGAGCACGGCGUUCGCGGACGCGCUGUUCGUGCACCCGUACAACGCCCCGAAGAGCAGGAUUCUGACGCUGCGAGCGGCGAAUGCGGCAGCCAAUGCUGGGAAGCAGCUCCUCUGGGUGGUGGCGCGCGAUGUCCCCCUCACUCGGGACGACGCAUGCAGGUCGACGGAGUCGCUCGCCCACGCCAGGCAGAAUUGGCUCAUAUACCCCGAGAACAAGACUGGCGGAGUUCCGGGUGUGCUGCCGAUCUUCGAGGGGACGCGGGCGCGGUUCACCGCCACGGAGAAUGCAGAGGCGGGAGCCUGCAAGCACUCCUGGGGUACCGUGACGGGCUGGGUCCUCCACCCCGACGACUCGAAGUUGGUGAAAGACCACAGGUCCGAGACGGAGCUGGUCCUGCAGCACGUGCCCGAGGCGAUCAUGGUGCAAAUUCCCGGGAAUACGGCGCCCCGCUUUGGGAAUCAGCCCGCGGGUGUCUUCCCCGUGAAGCAGAAGGAGGUGUCCUGGGAUCGUAGUCCUGGCUUCAAGGCCAUGGUGAAGCGCGCGGGGUUCCCGCUGGUCCCGCACUUCGCCGCCACGGCCCACUGCGUCACCGGCGCCACGCUGCCGCAGGCCAUCAUCGACCUCCUGGACGCGCGCACGACGCCCCGUUCGUCCAUGGUCCCCACGGGCUACGUGGCCAUCAGCCGCACCAGGAGGGCUGACGACCUGAUUAUCACGCAGCCCUUUUCGCCGAUGCUUUUCCGGCAGGGGCACCAGACUGGCCCGUGGCUCCUGCACUCCAUGACAGCCGGGGAGUUGACGACGGAGCAGGCGAAAGCCGGCUGGGCCAAGGCAGAGAAGGAAGCGGCUUCCAAGUCGUCCAAGAAGGUGGUGGACGCCACGUUCCAGCGCGGCGACUGCCACCAGCGGAAGAGAGCGGGGAAUUUCCCAGGCAGUGGCAUGAGCUGGAUCGAGCUAUAG